UUCUCUCUUUUUGUCCACUGCAACCGCAAGCACACACUCACACACACACCCCCUCUCCCUCUCUCUCUUUCUUUCAUCCAGAUUGUGGCAGACGGAGAGACAAGGACAAAAACCCAACCACGAUCACUGAGAGCUACGCUACAGGUUGUUGUCCAGGAUGGCAGGGAUGAAGGAACAGCAGAUCACGGAAGAGAAGCCCCUGCUGCUGGAGCAAAGAGGAGCAGAUGCAGACAUGCAGGAUAAAGGAGAGGAGGCAUCGGUGGGACUCCCGUGCCCCGAAAGCCCUGCACCCCCUAAUGAACCCCCUCCCCCCCGCCGCCCCACUCACCGCUGGCAUGCCAUCGCACGGCACUGGCUCCGCCAGACCCGCCGUCGGACCAGCGGGGUCCUCCCGGAAUGCCCUGAACAACUGAUGCCACCAGGUGACUGGAAGGAACAUGAUGUCGAGACUCCUUACGGGAUGCUGCAUGUGGUGAUCCGAGGCGCUCCCAAGGGGAACAGGCCUGCGAUCCUCACCUACCAUGAUGUGGGAUUGAACCACAAAAUGUGCUUCAAUCCCUUCUUCAAUAACGAGGACAUGCAGGAGAUCACCAAGCACUUUGUGAUUUGUCAUGUUGACGCCCCAGGGCAACACGUUGGAGCUUCGCAGUUCCCACAAGGGUACCAGUAUCCCACCAUGGACCAGCUGGCUGGGAUGCUGCCCACUGUUGUGCAGCAUUUUGGAUUCAAGAGCAUCGUUGGGAUCGGAGUCGGAGCUGGAGCUUAUAUUCUGGCCAAAUUUGCUCUGUUGUUCCCUGACAUGGUGGAGGGCUUGGUUCUGCUCAACAUCGACCCGAACGGCAAAGGAUGGAUUGACUGGGCUGCGUCAAAGCUGUCAGGUCUGACCAGCACCAUCCCAGACACUGUGCUGCCACAUCUUUUCAGCCAGGACGAAAUGGUGAACAACACAGAACUGGUUCAGAGUUACCGACAACAGAUAACAAACUCCAUCAACCACCAAAACCUCCAGCUUUUCUGGAACUUGUACAACAGUCGGAGGGACCUGGAGAUGAACCGUGGUGGAACAACGAUUAAUGCCAAGACCUUGAAAUGUCCAGUGAUGCUGGUUGUAGGAGACAACGCUCCUGCUGAAGAGGGAGUGGUUGAGUGCAACUCCAAGCUGGAUCCAACCAACACCACCUUCCUAAAGAUGGCUGACUCUGGUGGACUGCCACAGCUCACACAGCCAGGGAAGCUGACUGAAGCCUUCAAGUAUUUCCUGCAGGGAAUGGGCUACAUUGCUAAUGUGAAGGAUCGGAGGUUAAGUGGAGGGCCAGUGCCCUCUGCCAGCAUGACCCGCCUGGCCCGCUCCAGGACAGCCUCCCUGACCAGCGCCGGCUCCGUGGAGGGGUCCCGCUCUCGCGCCUGCACCAACUCCGACAGCGGCGAGGGUGUCGGUGCGGUCUCCCAGACCAUGGAGGUGUCCUGCUGAGGAGCCACAGAGAAAAGGGAGGAAGAGGGGUAGUGGCGGGUGGAGAGGGAAGAAGAGGAUCAAAAAUAAGGCUUGAUGAGUGUCAGCUGGCGGCUUUCUCUCUCUCGCUGUCUUCAUCUUUGUCUGCCAUCUUCUUCCCCUUGUCACUGUAAAAUACCAUCUAUACUGCUUUUAACACAUCCGGCAGACCUUUGACUAGCCACCCCAAACCCCUUUCACCCCACACUUAAGGAUUUAAACUGCUGGUUUUGCUCUUGAAGUGUCAUUCUUGUGUUUGCUAAGUGUUCCUCAUUUAAUUUGCCUGCACCCCUCUAAUUCCCUUCCUUCCCCCCCCCCCAAGAAAAGACACACACACGUGCACCCCGACAAACUACUGGUUACCCACACACCGAUAUGUAAUUUAAAAGCUCCUGUUUGUUUCGAAGGCAAAAAUGAGAAGGAAAGCAGAACUUUUUGGGGGUGCCACAAAGGUAAAAAAAUGAAAAUAGAUAAAUGCAUGUGGAUUUUGGAAAGUAGUUUGUGUUAUUUGUGAGAAAUUGGCAGCAUCUCUCUCUGAAAUGCUUAUGAGGAAGCUGAUCUCCUGCCAUAAGAGAGCCGAUGGGAACAAAAAAGGUGCGUCCAGAGUGGGGCAGGUUUCAUCACGUGGUCUUAUCGUAGCAUGAUGUGUUAGACAUGAUGUGUUAGCUUAUUUUAGAGCCUAGUUAGAAGCACACUGAAGCAUAGCUGCACUUGGUCUGAGUUUAAUUUUAAGAUAGGACAAUUAGAUGUUGCCAUCUUCCCCAGCCUGGCUCUGUAGAUUUACGUUUCCAUUGAAAAUAAAGUGGAGGCAACUUUUCUCACCUGUGAUCCUGGAAAUUAAACUCCCAUCAGUUUAAAUAGAUGCAGAGAGCUGAUGCGUUUGGAGUAAGGGUGAUUUUUAUGCAAGAUGACAAUCUGGAGCUGCGUGGUUUCAAAUCAGGCAUGCAGUUUCUGAAGGAUGUGCAUUUUUCAAGUUACAGGAAAAGUAAAAACAUUAUGAUCAUUUCUAGGAUGGUUGCAGUUCUGUGUUGCAUGUUUAUCACUGCAGUAUGGUGACGGUUGAAACUACAUUUUCUUGUACGAAAUUUUUAUGUAUAAAAAGUAUUUUUUAUUGUUUAAGCUGUUUGUUUAGAGUUAAACUCAUCUGUAAAAGUUUAUACAUUUUAUGUUAGAUUAGUGGUCAUACUGAACCAAAACAGGAUGAAAAGAUGCUUAAUUAUCAUGUCUGUAUUAUUUGUUCAUCCUACGAUGAAAUACCUCAGAUUUUAGAAAGUUUAGUUGUUUUUAAAGAAUAUUGUUAGUUCUAUAAAAUGAGUAGAAUAUUUUUAUAUUCCCUAUAUAACUGUAGGGAAUAGUUUUCAGAUCUUUCAAACUACUUCUCUGCCUUUUUGAAAGGAAAGUUACAUCAGUCAGUCAACCAGAGAUUAGAUUUAUCUUGAAAGACAAUGAUUUGUUAAAAAAAAAACAAUUUUCUUUCCACCUGUUUGAUAAAAGCAUCAAAAUUAGAUAUUCCCUUUAUCUUUGUUCUACAAAUGAAUCUGCCAAAGCUCAUUGGCCUACUUUGACACACUUUUUCUUUAUGUAACCAGUUUCAUAAAAAUCAUAUAAUGACUAGGAGUAAGUGGUUUAAUGCAUAGACGUAGGAUAAUCUUGUUUUUUGGGGGCGGGUUAGAUUUAAAACUACUACCUCUAUCAAAAAGCUGGACCACAUUUCUUCUCUUUUGUGUUUUAUAGUUGUUAGAAUUAAAGAAAAUAAGGAAGAGCCUGCCUCUCUACUCUCUUAGUGAAAUCAUUUAGGAAAAUCUCCUUCUUUCUUGCAUUUGUAAGGCCGGGCUGGUGAACAUGACUGCUUUAGCUGAAACGUUCUGUAUUAGUGGGAUUUACUGCGUGCAGCUUUAAGGUGUGUGUAGGUCACUUCACGUUAAAGACAAUCCACAACAAAAUGAUAGCUUAGAAAUGUUAAACGCAUAUUUGCAUGUGUGUGUAAAUCUUGGUGCAUUCCUAUUUGAGUAGUACGUAAAAAUAGAAACGUUUUCGUUAGGCUGAUUAGAUGGAUGUUUAGAGUCAUAAAUGCGACACCCAUCGUGGAUCUGAGGCUCUUCUGCACCAACGCAGUUCUGGCAGUAUCGGCUGUUUGCGGUCUCCGACGUGACAAUCACACUCUGACCAGAAGCCAAACCAGAACAGGUUUGGGGAGUCGAGGCACCCGAGAAUUUCCCUUACAGCGCCCAGCCCUGUUGCAUGGAUAUACCAAAGCUGCACCCUCACACUUUCCACUUUCGACACACAAGCGCACAUUUUCGCCCAUUUACUGAAAGGAGAGCUGUGUGGGCUGGGCUUUGUGAUGAGACUGUGCCAAAGAAAAACACAAAAUGUACACAAGCUCAUCGCUCCAUGGCCAGUGAGUGAUUUGGUGUUUACUCAUAAUCUCACUAGUUUAGCGCUUUUAGUCGUACAGCAAGAGUAGUUUGUGACUAAGGCACGUGCUGUCCUCUGUGAACUCUGGCCAUCUUUACUGAGACUAAACAUGGUGCUCCCCGGGUUUGUAUUUAGCUGCAUUAACGUCCAGUAUUCAUGUACUCUCACAUCACCUGUGACUGACUUCCGUUUUUCUUUUUCUUUUUUUAAAUGAAACAAAGCAUUUCCGUCCCCUUUAGGAAGGGGCGUAGCUUCCAAAUACUGAGGUGUGCGUUCCCUUGAGGCGGCCUGCCAGAGGCGGGGCUUUUUUGGCGCCAUUUGGGCUCCAAGCUCGGAAUGUAGGGCAACCCCCAGCCAUCUUAAAAAUAAAAAAAAAAUACCCCCCUCCCUAAAAAAAAAAAAAAAUCACAAGGUGCCCCGGCUCUCACAGGCAAGCCCAGCCGCACCCUAAAGGGCUAUCAACUGAAGUCACUUUUCAAGAGUGUUGUAGUAACUGUUCUGGAGCACCAGGGGGCGACAGGGAGCGUGCAGAGAGUGGUGGCUAAAGCAGAGCAGAGAGAGAUGCUGCCCUGAAAAACAGUUGAAUGAAUGUUAACGGAAAAGAAUGUGAAUCUGUUGACGCAUGAGAGAUUAACUGUUGUGGUUAUAUUAAAAAAAUGUAACAUAAGUUGAAAGCGGAUUACGAGAUCUGAUCACCCUUGCGAGUGAAUUUUCAAACAAAUCGAGACUGCAUGUAGCGGAGUUCGUGUUCAGUCAUGUUUCAGUGUUUCUUCUCUUCAUAAAAAACUAUUUUCUGCCUUCUUACACUCUGGUUUCCUCCCACACAACUUCGACCCACACUGCCUGGGGGGCUCCUGAAUGUAUCUUGUCCCUUUUUUGAAGUGCUGUACGGUAUUGUCAUCCUACACCUCAAUCUCACCACGGUUUGCACUUCUUCUCUGUGCCCCCACACCUCUUAACAUUUAACCCUGAACAUGAAAACAGCAGAUCCUUCCUCCGCCUUCUUCUUUGAAGGUCUUUCAACAGAAAAGUCCAUGGCUCCCUGUCAGCUACUCACUGGAUCGGUUUGUUUAGGCCUCCUCGCUCGUGUAGAUACUUUUUAUUUCUAGAGCAGGUUACCAUUACCAAACACUAACACUACUGUAACGUGAGAAAACACAUUUCUGUUUCUCUCCCCUGCAUUUUUAUAGUUAACUGUAGGGUGUAACCUCAUCUUGGUAUAAUGAUCUUGAUAAACGUGUUACUACUACUCUUAUGCUUCUACUUACUGCCAUUAAUAUUGAUUUGUAUGAAGCAAUAAGGUCUUUUUUUUUCUUGUUUGUUUCAUAUUGUGGGAGUCUUCCCUGUUAGCUUGUUUCUAUUCACAACAGUAGAAAGACUCUUACCUGCUUCGUUGUCAUUCAGAUGUGUAAUGUAAAAUUUUAAUAUAUAUACUAUAUAAAUACAAACUUAGCUGUCUCUGUCCAUGUACUGGUCAAGUAACAAGAAAUAAAGACUAAGUGUCAGAAUUGCA